GGAACCAAAGAGCUCUGUAAAGGAGGAGAUGGAAAGCAUUCCCGAUGCCCUUCAUGUGCUGCAAGGAGACGGCAGGAGAAAAAGAGACAGACGGGACACAGAGGAUAUCGCUUUUGUCCUUCAUCUGCCCCAACAAUCCUCGCCUUCUGCUCCAUUACGGAUGAGCGUCGAGUCCCGAAGACGCUCGCAGGCUAGAGCACGGGGGCGUGGCUUUGCACACCAUCCUGCAGCCAUACCUGUUUUGUCUCCGGACCAGCAAGAUGGCCUCCAUUGCACUGCGCCACCAGCGGUGAUAAAUAGAGAGUUUCCUGUUGUUUGUGUUUUGGAGUUUCCAUCAUUCGUGUGUUCCCGUUUCCUACGUGUUUGCACCUGUCCGCCGACGUUUCGUCGGCCAUUGACAUCACCCGACGAAACAUCGCUAACUAAAUCUGAGUGGAGAAAAACGCGAGCUGACGGCGUGCCCACUGGCACCAUCUUCACAGGGAGCCCGGGUCCAGGGAGUGAAAUCUGUGCAUCGGGGGCAGCAGUUGGGAGCGAAGAGGUUCACUCCAGAGGCCUGUUGGGCGACGAGGCCUGGGGCUUGCCUGAAGGCAUGGCCGGUCUGGAGGAGCCCUUAGCUGGGCAGCAGCUAAAUAAAAGAUGGGAGGGAAGUGUCAGUCUGUGA